AUGUAUGUUCCUGUAAUGACUUCUUGCGGUCAUAAUUAUUGUUACUACUGUAUUUCCAACUGGUUGAACAACAACAACGCCACAGAAUUAAACUGUCCUCAGUGUAGAACGACUAUUGGGGCGAUGCCAGCACUCAAUGUAAGUUUGCUGCAGACUUUAGAGUCUCUUAUAGAUGUGUUGGAUAAGGGGGACCCUGAGGUUGCAUCGUUACUAGCUGCUAAAGAAGAAAGUAUGAAUGAAUAUAAAAGCGAUGUAGCAAAAAACGGACUUUAUAGAAAUGUGUUUGAUAACACUGCUGUCGCUGUGGUAGAUGAUGACGAUGGGGUUGCACGGUGCAGUAAUUGUCAUUGGGAAGUAGAAGGGUCUGUGUGUCCGCAUUGUCACGCAAGGAUGCGGGGUGGGGUGGAAGAACACACGUUUAACAGCGAUGAAUACUCAGAUAGUGAGCUAGAAGGCUUAGAACAAAACCUUGAUGAAUACAGAGUUCGUUCUGCUGAAAUAAUUGAAGAACUAGAUUCAGUUGUAGGAGAUAGUGAUGAAAGCCUGGCGGAGGCCCUGGAUAGAAGGUUUCCAACAAGACAGCCGAGAGACUUUUUACACGAUGAAGUAACUAACUUAAGUGACGAAUACUAUGACGAAAAUAAGUACUAUCGUCAUUCUUCACGUAUAACCAGCACAUCUGAGGACGAAGAGUUUGACUCCGAAAUGGAUGGCUUCAUUGUAAAUGACGAAGACGACAGGUGUGACAGCGAUGAGCAAACUGAUGAAGAAUUCAAUGACGUGCUGGUGCGAAGUGGUAGUAUCAUUAGACGGCAUGGAGUACAUAAAACACAAAACACUACGGGAAGCUCCGGCUCCAGCGAUUCAACAGAUAGCAGCAAUAGCGAAAUCGAGGUAAUACCGUCAACACAUGUAAAUCCGCUCGAAGAGGUUUCGCUAAGUAUAACCGACGAUGAAGAAGAAUUGAGAGAUAAUAGAACAUCAAGUGACAGCCACAACAGCGAUUUUUAUGAGCAUAAUGACGGUGACGGGUUUGUCAGUGGGGAUUCUUUAGACGACAGUAGAAUUAUUGAAAUACGACAACAUACAAGGAAAGCUCGAAAAAAGCAACAUGCCUUUCGUAAGAGAAAGUUUAUGGUAUUAGAAAGUGAUGAUGAAUAG